UCGUGACUCUGCGCACACACCCUACAAAACAAAACGUCUACUCAACUUCUCUCUCUCUCUUCACUCUCUCUCUCUCUCUCUGGAUUUUGGGUGAGUGCUAAUCCUCCCGACUGCUCAAAGCAAAGAAAUUAAUCUCAAACUCGUACCCGAUCAUGUCUCGCCUGAAGAACGACUGCUUGUCUUUCACUGUUUCAUUGCAAGAGGGUCUUCGUUAUGUUAAGGCAUGCUUCGUUGGUCAGGCUAAGAAGUUGACUGCAAGGAAUGAGCAGGAAGCAACAGAAGCAGAGCUUCAGACAGCCAAAAUGCAAGUUGAAGCAGCUGAUGCCGCUGAGGAUACCAAAAACAGACUCCACAAUUCUCCCUAAUGUAAUGUAAUUGCUCUAACAGUUCCACCUUUCUUUCUUUUGUUAUAAUUAAGCAGAAUAUUUUGCAAUUUAAAAUUUUGAAUUGAUUUAUA